ACAGAUGAAUCUCGUCAACAAUUUCAGAAAGGAGAAUGGUAAAGUUUGUGCUUACCUUGAUCGUGUUACUCUGCGUGGUGGUUGCCAGUGAGGCUCUUUCAUGCCAACUUGGAGGCAAUCGUCUGUGCUCAGUGUCUUGUGCAAUUCAGGGUCGCAAGAAAGGAGGACACUGUGAGUGGCGUUAUGUCAAAUCUGAAAAACGCUCACGUCAGGUCUGCGUAUGCAAUUAGUGAUGCUCUGCAAACACACUGAGGAUUACGAAUAAAAAGGCUUUGGCAGUGAUGCUUCGUUGACCGAACUUGCUAUCCAUUUAUUCGCCC